CAGAUCCUCUGCAGAACUCCUGUAAAGCAUUAAAAUCUCUCAGAAUAAUAAACAUCAGACUCCAAUAUGAUGUUGUUCUUCUUCUUGUUUGGUCUUUCUCUGGCUGCUGUGGCUCCUUCAGACGGACAGGAGAUGAAGCUACUGCGUGGCGACUGCCCCAUGUUCUGGUACAGCUUCAAUGGCCGCUGCUACAAAUACAUGGCCACAGACAUGACCUGGGCUGAUGCAGAGCUCUACUGUCUGUCAGAGAAUGCCAACCUGGUGUCCAUCCACAGUCUGGACGAACACAAUUUUGUCAAGUUCCUGAUCAAGAACUUUGAUCCAGCUCAGGGAGACACCUGGAUUGGACUGUCUGACAUCCACAAAGAAGGCAAAUGGAUGUGGUCUGAUGGGACUGUGGCGAGAUAUGCUUUGUGGAGUGCGGGACAACCUGACAACUCUGAAGGAAAUGAGCACUGUGGCCUCACCACCUACGGUCCGGAGAAGAACUGGAACGAUGAUUCAUGCUCUAUGCGUUUUCCUUCUGUUUGUGCUUCUCGCAUAGUUUAAUAAUUUAUUUGUUUGAUCCAAAGUAAGAGAGUUAUGUUGAUCUAAACUGAAUCCUUUGCAAUCAAGACUUUAACAGGCACUUUUACGCUUUAAAAGGAAAUCUCUGUUGGUUUACAUUAAAAUCAUGGCAAAGCUACUAACUAAAAUAAUGUAAUUUCCUGAGAAUGGCCCAACAUAGAUUUAAAGUUGUUGGUAAUAGAUAAAUUUUUGCAAGUCCAAACUAAAGAUCCAUAUAUUCUGAUUUAAAAUAGAAGUACUUAACAUUUCACCAUACUCUUUUCUACUUGUUUACUUCUUUCUCAUGUGAUAUAGUAUUGUUUUGAAUAACCUUCAAGUAAAUACAACUAGGUCAGAUCAGAGACCUCAAGCUGUAGCUUUCUUAGAAUUUUUAGUGAUGAAGCUUGUUCAAGUUAAACCUUAUCCUGAAUAACAACAAGUCUUCCAUUUUAGCUGUGGUUUACAAAGGUCAGUUCAGAGACCUUAAGUUGUAGCUUUGAGGAAAGUAUGAAUAGAAAAACUUUACUUACUUUAGAUCAGAAAUCCCAAAGAAUAUACUUGGCUUAUUUCUUAUUAUUAUUAGAAACAAUUAAGUCUUUUUGCAUGUUUGUUGAUGUAUUAAAGAAGUCUUGUCAAAAAUGUAUUUGUUUUUCCGAUGUCUGUAAUGUUUUUUUUCUUUGCCUGUAAUGUUUUUCUGUUCCUGUACAGCACUUUUAAUCAUUUUGUUUCUGAGCAAACACACAAACUCCCUGAGCGUUCACCUGACCUCUGCGAGCAACAUCACACGAGCACACUGAGGGUACAUUACGCCUGUCCAAAACCUGAGGUUAUAUCAAGCUACAUGGUUUAAUAAAAGAAUCAAGUUACAGCAAUAAUUUCUUUUAGGUUAUUUAGUUUAGAUCAAUCUGAUUUAGCCCGAUUACAAGAAAAAGACAAAAUUCUUGGAUUUUUUUAAAGAGCUGUAUAGCUGUAUAGCUUAUUUUUAUUUCACAGUAGGGGUCCUACUAAGGAAGAACUAAGAGG